CGAGAGUCUAAAGAACCCCCAAACAAAGUAGCCUCAAGCUCCUCUCCUCCUUCGUUCAAUUUCCAUUCUUGAACCAAACAUUAAUUUUUCUUCCAAUGCUUCUCAGCCUAGUGCAGCACUUUCUACUCCCACAUUACAAAUCUUGUUGGCCCCCCUGUGCUAAAGCAAGUGAAGAACAAGGAAAUGCAUGAGAAAUACAUCAAUCCAACUAUUUCCCCCUCCUCCUUCAUUCAAUUUCUUUGAGUAUUCUUGUUUUUCUGAGUGAACCCAAUCCAUCAUUGAAGGACAGAGUGACUUUAGACUCAUUAGCUAAUUCUGUUGAGCAAUUGACCCAAAUAGUCCAAUCUCUUGUUCAACGAUUGGAAAAUAAUGUCAGCUCUCCCUCUAAGGUGUUUAAGGUCUUUGGUUCCGAUUCUAAGACUCUUAACCAACAAAGUAGUGCGUCGAAUAAUUCAUUGUUGCUAUGGUGUAUUGAGAAGGCCAAGACAGAUCUGUCAAUUGCUAAAAAAAGGAGAACAAAUUCACUUGCUCCAAUCGAUAUUCCUGGAUUAGAGCUACCUAGUUGGGUGCAAGUCUGUUUUAGACCAACAGCUUCAAUGGGUUUGAACGAAACUGAACUUGUAAUUGCAGCAUACUUGUAUGGUAAUCAUUUGAUGGAUAACUACAAGGAGGAUAUAGUAAUUUCAGAGUUUACAGCUCGCAGAGAUGUAUUCAGGAGCUUGAUGCCAGGAAAGCCAAUCGUUUCUCUUGUGCUAGACUUAGUAGCAGAUAUGAUGAGCAUAGAGUUGACCAGAGAAAGUGGUUAUUGGUUUUUACCCACAACUUUUGCGCUGUCAGAGAAGACAAAAUUGGAUCCUAAAAGUCUGCCACUUUGUAUCACAUAUGGUUAUUUGGGCAAAGUUGACUGCUUAAAAAGAGUCUUUAUCCCUGUAUCUGAAACUACUGACGAAGGUCAUGAACACUGGUACCUCGUAGUGAUUGAUUGUGUUAAAGGACAAAUCAUUUUGCUAGACCCAUUACCCAUUGAGAAACAGUUCAAGCGAAAGAGGACAGCCUUGAAAUUAGCCAUUUAUUUGGACGAGGUAUUGGAAGAUCGUUCAUUCUAUGACUUUGAGACCACUCCAAAUCUGAUUUCUUCACAAUUUGAAUUUGAAGAGCCGGAAGGCCUUCCUACCCUCGAAGCUGGAUCGAGUGACGCGGGUGUAUGGGUUGCAAGUUGGAUGAUAGCUUGUUUUGAAGAUGAUAAUUUUAACAUAAAGGUGGAUGAUGGGGUUCGCAUGAAGAUUGCAGUCUCACUCGUGUUAAAGAUUCAUAAUACGAUCAGCUAUACGGUCAAAAAUAAUGCCAUUGAAAAUCUUAAUAAGCUGAAUGAUAAUCACCAUCGUGAUGAUUAUGAAUUUUCACAAGAUUAGAUUUGCAACAUAGGAUAUUUAUUAUUAUUUUUGUUUUUAUUAUUUUCUUGUGGGCAUAUGAGCCGUCUAGUGACAUACGACAUUAUAUUUUGUUUACAUUUGUGUUGGUAUUUGUUUGCCGGAUUAUUUAAUUUCUCCAUUUGACUAUGUAUGAAUUUAUACUCUUUUGGAGAUUGAAAUUUAGUUCUUUUAUACUC